CGCCGGCCCGGGCCCCGCGCCGCAAGUGGGAGGUGUUCCCGGGCCGCAACCGCUUCUACUGCGGCGGGCGCCUCAUGCUGGCGCGGCACAGCGGCGUCUUCGCCCUCACGCUGGGGCUCAUCCUGGCCACCAGCGGCCUCUUCUUCGCCUUCGACUGCCCCUUCCUUGCCAGUCACCUGACCCUGGCCAUUCCCAUCAUCGGGGGUGUCCUGUUCUUCUUUGUCAUCAGCUGUCUGCUGCAGACGAGCCUCAGAGACCCAGGUAUCCUGCCCAGAGCCACCCCCAGUGAGGCUGCAGACCUGGAGAAACGGAUUGAUAACAUGGGCACCUCCACCUACCGCCCGCCUGCCCGGACAAUGGAAGUGGUUAUAAACAAAUACAUGGUGAAAUUAAAGUACUGCUAUACCUGCAAAAUGUUCCGACCCCCCAGGACCUCUCACUGCAGCGUCUGUGAUAACUGUGUAGAGCGGUUUGAUCACCACUGCCCUUGGGUAGGCAACUGCGUGGGGAAGCGCAACUAUCGCUACUUCUACGCCUUCAUCCUCUCCCUCUCCUUCCUGACGGCCUUCAUCUUUGCUUGUGUCAUCACCCACCUCACUCUGCGCUCUCAGGGAAGUGGAUUCCUCACCACUCUGAAGGCAACACCAGCGAGCGUGCUGGAGUUGGUGAUAUGUUUUUUCUCAGUAUGGUCUAUUUUGGGCCUCUCAGGUUUUCACACUUACCUAGUCGCCUCCAACCUGACGACGAAUGAAGAUAUCAAAGGGUCGUGGUCAAAUAAGAGAGGCUCAGAGUUUGCCAAUCCCUACAGCCAUAAGAGUAUCCUCACCAACUGCUGUGCAGUAUUGUGUGGGCCAUUCCAUCCCAGUUUAAUAGACAGAAGAGGAUUUAUCCAGCCUGAUGCUGGGACCCUGUCCAGUCCCAAGGGUGAAAUCCCUUCCUUUGGCGCCAAGACCGACACCAGCAUGUCUGGUCAGGGGACUAAAGCGCUCUUGAGGACAUGGAUAAUACCUGAAACAGCAGCCGUUACCACCGCCUGUGCCUCCCCACGCCAGGGCUACGCUACUGCACCUCCGUCCCUCCCGUGACAAGAGAGGGGGGAAAGCUGCUGUGCACGUGGGAAAGCCUUUCCAGACCCACGUGUGGAGCUGAUGCACUCUGCUGUCCCAGGGUUUGAAGCAUAAAGCCAUAAAUGCAUCUGUUCUGAGUGCAAUAACUGGAGUUUUUACCAUCUCCUGCUGCUGGAAAGAGACUCGUGCAACUGAACCAAGGCCAUCGCUGGCUCCCUGGAGCUAGUCUCCCCCUCCAUAGACUGAAGAUGUAAUUAUAGUUAUUGAGAUGAGCAGGUACGUGAGACGUUACCAGGUUUAGUGCGGUGUGUUCGCAGCUGGAACAGGGCUUGUGAAGCAGAAUUCUGCCAGAGCCGGCCAGCAGGUCGCCUCCCCAGCCGUGAGCUGCUUGUGCCGUAUGUAUGCAGGCAAAGGACUCUCCUGUCUCUGAGGUAGUUAGUGUGCGUUCACCUUUCAAACACGUACUAGUAAGUUCGGUGUUUUCUGUGUCACUAGUUUAGAAGAAGGGGUUUCGUGCGGUAGUAGUUUAAGUAGUGACUUUUGCAGUCCUUGUGUAGAUUCCUCUGCUACUGCCAUCAGCGUUACUGAAAGGACAGAGCAGAAAAGUGGGGGAGGAAGCUGGAUGCUCUAACGCUCUAGCAGCCACUGGCAAACCAAGUAAGGUUUGUAAAAGGGAGCUAGUGUAAACCUGUGAGACCCCACCCCUUGUCAGCUGGGCUCCAAUCUGGUAGGGUUUGAAAUCCAUUGAUGCCUUCUACUUUUUGUAACAAAAUAAAGUUUCUCCUAUUUACCGUACAUGGGCAUCUGGCUGCUGUUUUCCCAGCACCUAAGGGGAACGCCUCCAGGCUGCUCUUACCUGUGUGUGCUUUUCCUUUAGGGGGUGGAGUGAAUGAAGAUGGAGCACAAAAGGGUUUGCGUAGGUCUGUAUGACCUCUUGUGUUAACCACGGGGCUGAAAGCCAGGAACUCCCUCCUUGGAAAGCCAGCUUUGGCAUUGACUGGCCUUAGGGUACGUUCGAGCCACCAUUCCCCCCCGUAAAGUGGGAAUGAAACAUGGCUUAUUCCCAGGAAUGGGAGGUAUUAUUUGAAGAGCAUCAAAUGUCUAGUGCUGAAUUGUCACCAUUUUUCCUGAUCCGCACUAACCCAACUUCAGACCCUGUCAGUGCUGAAAUACCAGCCAGAGAUCGAAGUGAAGUCAGGGCCCUGUUGCCCGUCUCUGCAAAACUGAGAUAGGGUGGGCUAUGGCUCUUGAGGGGCAGGAAGGGUCGGUUCAAACAAGCUUUGGGGGGGUGGGGGGGGGCUCAUGGUCCUGCAUGCACUCUGCAGGCUAUCAGCAAGCAUCUGACUGCUCCAGGGGGCUAUUUUAAGUGGCUUUCUAGAGCAGAGCUAGAAGAACUCUGCCUCAAGCCUCACAAGUGAGUGCACAAGACGGGAGGAGGCGGCGGCAGGUGGUGAUCCAUGGCCCUGCAACAAGACAUGGAGACUGGCAGCUAGCCUCUGCUGAAGCUAUUUAACAGGCCUCCCUUGGUAAGAGCUAGUUUUAUAUGCUAUUACUUCAGAUGCACAUGCAUUUAAAUCAGACAGUACUGGCUAGAGGCAACUCCAGGGGCCUUAUUUUUCACAGCUGCCUCCCAGGCAGGGCAGAGUCACCCACAACCGCAUGAGGAUGCAAUGAACUGUCUUCACGCACAGCUGCAGUCGGGGUGAGCUGGCUA